CAGUCUCGUUGAGAGUUCCGCUGUGGACAGUGGUCCCUGUUUGAGUGUUUGUGCCCAACAGUUGAGCCAGGGACAAGUGGCAAGAGAGAGGCUUUUGGGGCAAUUAUCGUGCUGGCUCAAUUGUCUCGAUACCAGUAGGUCUCGAUCAGUGAACAGGUCCAGUUGAGGGUAUCAAUUUGCCAACAAGUUUUAUUUGAGCUCUUGAGAGGAAAUACAGUGUCAAAAUGUACAAAUCGAUAAUUCGCAUUCCUCAUCCUGCUGUGAGAAUAUGCCUCAAGGAUGUGAGACCAUUUUCAACUUCAAAGGAACCAACAGGACCUGUUGUAAGAACACAAAUUCCAGGACCAAGAUCCACAGAAUUGCUCAAGAACCUCAAUAAACUCCAGAAUGCGGGAUCCGUUCAGUUGUUUGCAAACUAUGACAAAUCAUACAGGAAUUAUGUGGUAGAUGCUGAUGAUAAUAUCCUGCUGGAUGUCUUUACUCAAAUAUCAUCAGUUCCCCUCGGAUACAAUCAUCCAGAUCUUCUCAGUGUCUUCACAAAUGAGCACAAUCUUAAGAGCCUCAUAAAUAGACCAGCUUUGGGAGUAUUUCCGGGAGAAGAUUGGCCUCAAAAAUUGCAAUCAGUUCUGAUGUCAGUUGCGCCUCCAGGAACUACACACGUUACAACCAUGAUGUGUGGGUCUUGUUCCAAUGAGAAUGCAUACAAGAAUAUCUUCAUUUGGCACAGGAAGACUCAACGUGGGGAAAAUGUGGAAUUCUCUCCUCAGGAAAUAUCAUCUUGCAUGAUUAAUCAAAUGCCAGGAUCACCAAAACUCAGUAUAUUGUCCUUUGAUGGAGCUUUCCAUGGGCGCACACUUGGUGUCCUGUCUACAACGCACUCGAAAUACAUUCACAAGAUCGAUGUUCCAGCUUUUGACUGGCCCAUAGCUCCUUUUCCCCGGUAUCGAUAUCCAUUGAAGGACUUUGUGCGGGAAAAUAAGCAGGAAGAUGAGAGAUGUCUAGCUCAAGUAGAGGAGUUAAUCAGUGAGUGGGCUAAAAAGAAUAAUCCCGUCGCUGGUAUCGUUAUAGAACCCAUUCAGAGUGAGGGUGGAGACAAUGAGGCUUCUCCAGAAUUUUUCCAGGGCCUCCAAAAAAUCGCAAAGGCCAAUGGAGCUGCUCUCUUGAUCGAUGAGGUUCAAACUGGCGGUGGACCAACAGGGAAGAUGUGGUGCCAUGAAUAUUUCAAUUUGCCAUCUCCUCCAGAUAUUGUAACGUUCAGCAAGAAAAUGCAGCUGGGCGGAUACUUCCAUGGAGAGCACAUGACUCCACCGCAAGCCUACAGGGUUUUCAACACGUGGAUGGGAGAUCCAGGAAAAGUCUUGCUCCUGGAGCAGAUAAUAAAUGUGAUGAAGCGAGAUGGUCUUCUGCAGCAAGUUCAGAAAGUUGGAGAUCAUUUCAAGGAACGCCUUCUGGAGAUCGAAGCUGAAUUCCCACAUUUGCUCAAUUCAUGUCGCGGUCGAGGUACCUUCCUGGCCAUCAACUGUCGUAACACCAAACUCCGCGAUGAUCUUUUGCACAAACUCAAGCAGAAGGGUAUCAUUACUGGUGGUUGCGGAGAUCUGGCUAUUCGUCUCCGCCCGGCCCUGGUGUUCGAGGAGAAGCAUGCUAACAUCUUCCUGGAUCACUUCCGCAGCGCUCUCAAAGAAGUAAAGUAGAUAUUCCAGUGAUUCUGCAAACAUUGUGCUCUUUGUUUGUCUUCCAUUAGCGCAAUAUCCUUGUUUAUAGCGUCUUCCACAGCAAUUGAAGUACAUCGUUCAUGAUCACAAUUUGUUGCAUAUCUCUCCCAGAGAGACAAUAAAAGACAUAAAAUCGUACAAAAA